CGGGGGACCGCCCCUUUGAUUGUGGAGUCUCGCUCCCAAACGAGAAAGUUGUUUUUAUUUCGAGAAAUCCAUAGAAAAGAGAGCCCCGCCGAUCUAAAGCCCAGCUGAACUGGAAGGGGUGUGCAGCUUCGAGUCCGAGAGCUACCGGAACCCAAAGACCCGGGUGGGCCCCCAAACCCUGCGCGCCCCGAUCCUCUACCUAGCCAGGAACUGCUCCCUGCGCGCAGACCAGACGAUGGGAACCCCAAAGCCUCGGAUCGUGCCCUGGCUGGUGUCGAAGCUGGACCGAGGGCACUUCGAGGGCGUGGCCUGGCUGGAUGGGAGCCGCACGCGCUUCCGCAUCCCUUGGAAGCAUGGUUUGCGGCAGGACACCCAGCAGGAAGAUUUCGGCAUCUUUCGGGCCUGGGCCGAGACCAGCGGUGCCUACAAGCCUGGGAAGGACAAGCCGGACCUACCCACCUGGAAAAGGAACUUCCGGGCUGCCCUGAACCGGAAGGAAGUGGUGCGUUUAGCUGAGGACCGGAGCAAAGAUCCCCAAGACCCGCACAAGGUCUUCGAGUUUGUGACCCCAGGGGGGGGUUGCCUGCCUGAGCGAGACAUCUCUCCACACACCUCUGACAUCCAGGACGAGAUUCUGGGGGAGUUUCUGAACAACAUGUACUUGGCCCCGUCUCCCCACCCAGCUGAAGCCCCAGAACACCUCCCUCUGCACGUGCUGAGCCCUGGCGUGGACACUGCAGCACCCAGCCCAAGCCUGGAGCCCUCUGUAAACCCACUGAGGCCGCUGCUGGGGCCUGAGGGAGAGUGGGAGUUCGAGGUCAGCGCCUUCUACCGGGGCCGCCAGGUCUUCCAGCAGACUGUUCUCAGCCAGAAGGGCCUGCGGCUGGUGGGGGCAGCUGCAGAGGACCAGCUCCCUGGGCAGCUGGUUGUGCUGCCAGACCCCAAGGCGUUCCUCACGGACAGGGGCGUCAUCAGCCUGGUGCAGCGCGUGCUCAGCUACCUGGGCGGGGGCCUGGCUCUGUGGAGGGCUGGUCAGCAGCUCUGCGCCCAGCGGCUGGGGCACUGCCGCACGUACUGGGCCGUGGGCGAGGAGCUCCUGCCGGACGGCGGCCAUGGACACAACGGCGAGGUCCCGAAAGACAAGGAGGGGAGCGUGCUGGACCUGCGGCCCUUCGUGGCAGAUCUGAUCGCCUUCAUUGAAGGAAGUGGACACUCGCCACGCUACACCCUCUGGUUCUGCGUGGGGGAGUCGUGGCCUCAGGAUCAGCCUUGGACCAAGAGACUCGUGAUGGUCAAGGUGGUGCCCAUGUGCCUCAAGAUCCUGCUAGACAUGGCACGAUCGGGGGGAGCCUCCUCCCUCGAAAACACCGUGGACCUGCACAUCUCCAACGGCCAGCCCCUGUCCCUCUCCUCGGACCAGUACAAGGCCUGCCUCCAGGACCUGCUCGAGGACAUGGAGUUCUAGUCUCCGGGCGCAGCCUGGGCCCACCGGCUAAUAAAGUGCCUCCCGCCGGGCC